AUGGUCAAAAGAUUGACACGGACGACUACUAAAAACCAUACAUCAUAUGCCGAAUCAAGCGAUAUUGAGGAACAAGAGCAACUGAAAAAGAAAAACUCUGUACGAAACGAGCCAGUAGAAGAAGAAGAAGAAGAGUAUAGACCAUCUCGAGUAAGUAAGAAACGGAAAAAAAAUGCUAGUACUGUUAAGCCAGCUUCAUCGAAAAAGCUCAAAUCCACUACUACACUACGAAAAAAUGGUAAAUCACGAGCUCCAGAGUUGGAAAAUGACUGGGAGGAAAAUUAUCUAUAUCAGGCACUUUCAAGUCCAGAAAUAAAUGUGGCAGAUUUAGCACUAGAUUGGGUUGAAUCGUAUGAAGAAGAAGAAGAAGAAGAAGAAGAAGAAGAAGAAACGUCAGCAAGGCAAAGCAAUUUCGCCAAUUCAACGGUAUUUGCCGGUUUGAUCAAUCUACUAUUGAGAAGUUGUGGCUCUUUUCACUUGUUCCAACCUCACGAUCUUGUCAAUUUGGAAAGUGCCAGUAGCACCGUGGAAGAGGCCACAUUAGCAUUCACUAACCAAACAACCCAUAAGUUCCCAUUUAAGUUGAUACCCAUAUUUAAAAAGAACUUGUUGGAAUUUUUUAAAAAUAUUGUUGAAAUUGGCCAUGAAAAGGGCUUAUUAUAUUCGCCGUCUUCAGAAGCAAAAAGGGGCGCAGAUCCAGAUGAGGUGUUUGUAUCAUCUCCAUUUAUGAAUUAUAUUGUUACUUGGACGGCAAAAUUGUCUGAAAGUUUAGUUAGACCAUUGAGGUAUACAAGUACAGAGGUCUCGCUCACGAUAUUGGUUGAAUUAUGCAAAAUUGCCGAAACAAUAGAGGCAAAUCGAGAACGGUCCAAAUUACAAUUGAGCAAACUCCGUAGUAAGUCAUCGACAAAGUUCAAGACUAUUGCGUCAAAUAUUGAGCAGUAUGAAACACAAUUAAAGGCAAUGAUGGAAUAUUUUGAUGAUGUUUCGGAAAUAGUGAUAUCUGUGAGGUACAAGGACAUUGACCCACAAAUACGAGCAAUAGUUUUGAAGCACUUGUGUGAAGCAAUGAAUGCCUACCCCGCAUAUUUCUGUCAAAGUUUGUUUCUUAGAUAUUUUGGAUGGUUAUUAUCCGAUCCAAGUAAUCAAGUACGAAUCGAUAACACUAGAUGUCUUUUAAAACUAUAUCGAUCAACUAAUCAAGAGGUUGCCAAAAGUUUGAGACAAUUUUCUACAAAGUUUCAAGCACAGCUUAUAGUCAUGAGUGAUGUGGAUAGUGAUACCCAAGUCAAAACCAAUUGUUGUGCAAUACUCACAGAAAUGUUGAGGUUAGGUUACUUGGAAGAGCCAGCAACAGCAAUUGAGAAAAUAAUAAAAUUGUUCCCCUUUAGCACAACAACAAAACCAAAGUUGCAAAAUGAGUUUGUUAGAUUUAUACAAAUUGCUGGAGAAGAAACCUUGAAGGUUUCAAAGGAAAAGAACCAAUUAUUGUUUGAUGAAUAUAAUUUUAAACUAGGUGAAAUUGAUUUGGUAAGGUGUUUGCCAAUCAAAUCUAUUUUGAGUAAUGUUUGUCUGAUAAGUGGAGACAAAAACCCAUUGGAAGAGAUAUUUGCAUCGCCAUUGUUUAUAUCAAAGUACGCGGCAGAAUUGACAAUUAUGAUGGACUAUUUGUUGCUUGAUAUCGACCUGCUUCAAAUUGUUAGAAAGACCAAUGAGAGUAUGGGUGAUUCUCAAGAGUCGCAAUUAGAGAAUAGCGAAGAUCUUGAUAAAGCCAAACAGUUAUUUCGACUAACCGACAAAGAAGAGAUUAUUUUGAUUAAGUUCAUUCAUGGUAUUACCAAAUCGUUCCCAGUAAAGAAACAUUCAAGGGAAGGUGAAGAAGAGAUUUCAGCUUUGAUAACUAAUUUUAUUGAGAAACUACCAACAUUGUUGAAAUUUUGUACAAAGUCAAAUGAUAGACUAAAGGCAUUUUUAGCCAUUUGGACAGAUUUGAUUGAUACUAAACGAAAUUUGAUUUUCAACUUUUAUGUACAAUUGGACAAAAUCGAAGAAUAUGAGGAAAUGACAAGGAUUAUAAUGCAAUACUAUAAGGAUUUCAACAUAGUUGAAGAGUUCAAACCAUUGUUUGCCAAGUUGUUUAACCUGAGUGGAUUGACUACAGGAGUCAAGAAUGAUAUUCAUCAAAUGGUACAUGACUUGGUUGAAGGAGCAACCAUAUUUUUGAAAGAUGACGAGGAUAUUAUGGGUAAUGACGAUGAUGAUGAUGAUAACAACAAGAAAAAAGAAGAAGAAGAAGGAGAAGAAGAAGAAGGAGAAGAAGAAGAAGGAAGAGGAAAAGGAAAAGGAAAACAGCUGCAAGCGGAUAUUUCAGAGCAGAAACUAGUAAUCAGGAAGCUACGAGACGUAUCCUUGGUAAUUGAAAAGAUCAAACAGAUUGGCGAAUAUGUUAAUAUUGCAAACUUGGAAAAUAUCGUUGAUUUGAUUUAUAAUGUCAAUGUUAAGCUUUUACAAAAGUUGGAUUUAACCUUGAUAUUGGAUCAAUGGAAAUUUAACUUUAUAUUGCAAAUAUCCCAUUUCAAAGAAGCUGCUGAGAGUAUCUUGGGAUUAAUUUUAGUCACUGCUUCGUGGAAGUUUGAGAGAUUACUAGAUUUAUCAGAGGCCGAACAAGGUUAUACUGAGAUAGAUUUAGAAUUUGAAUACUUUCCUGAGAUUAUUGAUUCACUUUUGUCUUGGAUUACAAGUUGUAGAAAUGAAGUGAAAUUAAUCGAAUUUAAAACAAUGAUGAUGAAUCAAUAUAUUGAUUUAAUGAUAUCAUUUAGAUUAUUCUAUUUGAAAUUCAAAGACGCUAAUAACUUCAAACAUUUCAAGAAAUUCUUUAGUACUCAUAAAAAUAAGCAGUUAAUUCGUAUCGAGCCCGGUUUUCAGUAUGACCAGAUAUUGGAAUUAUUUUUGAUUAAAGAAGUAAAUUUAGCGCAUCAGCUAAAUGUUGAUUUGGAAAGAGAAGAUGAAGAAGGAGUUCAUUACCAAGAAUACGUAGACCAGACAUCAUUAGAGAUUAGUGAGAUCGAAGAGAAUGUGUUUGCGGGAGACUUUUCCGAAUCUGAGGCGGAGAUUGAACUGAGUAUUACCAGUCAAGAACAAACUCAGACGCAGAGACAAAGGCGCGAAGAGAGUAACAGGUUACUCUUGAAAACAAAACAAGAACAAUUGAAGAAGGAGGCUAUAUGGAAAGCUGAAAAGGAAUUAUCGGUUUACACAAUGAAGGUGAUGUCUUUGUUGAAUUUACUGUUGAUCAAGGAAGAGAUUUAUCAAAGAAUGAAAUUAAAUGCGGGAAAGUUGGGUGACGUUUAUGGUCAAAUUACCAGUCAACAAGAUGCCAAAAUGGCCAAGUUAAAGGAACAAGUGGCCAAUGUUGUCGACACAGUGACUGAAACUAAUGAAGAAAAAAAUGAGGAAAAUGAGGUAAAUGAGGAAAAUGAAAAAGAAACUGACAAUGAUGUAUUGGUUGGAGAUGAUGGGUCUAUUGAACUUGAAUUGGACUCGAAAAUAGUUGAUGAGAGUAAUAGAUCUGAGUAG